AUGGCGGAGGCUGACGAAGAGGCUGCUCCUCAAGGUGACGAGCCAGAGGUUGAGGGAGAAUACGUUACAGUAGAGGAGUUUGACCCAGAUCCAGCCGGUGGUGAUGAAGCUGUAGGGGAUGACCCAGCGGCUGCAGCAGAUGAUCAAGCUGCCGGUGAUGAUCAAGCGGCAGCAGACGACGCCGCGGAUGAACAACCGGCAGCAGGUGAUGAUCAAGCUCUCGGAGACGAUGAGGCUGUGGCAGCAGAUGACCAAGCUGCUGCAGCAGAUGAUGCUGCUGCAGCAGGAGAUGAUCAAGCCGCGUUAGAUGAACCUGCGGCAGCGGCAGAUGAGCCUGCGGAAGACGCUGAGGACACUCUUGCCAGUUCUGCUGGCAGAGCAAAUGAUCAACCGCCAGCUGAGUCUGAGCAAGCCGCAGCUGAGGAGGAGGAAGAAGAAGAACCUCCAGAAGAGGCAGGCCCCGAGGAAGCAGGAGAAGAAGAGCCAGGUGACGAGGAGGACGAGGGUGAAGCCGAGCUGGAGAGACAGAUGCAUGAGGACGAGGAGGAGGAGGGCGAGCCCGUUGAGGAAGGUCCAGAUCCGAUGGUCGAACUGCAGGAGAAGCUUGCCCAGCUCCUGGACCAGAAUGAUCGCCUCAAGGGCAAAAAUGGCGCGCUCCAGCGUGCGGUGAUCAACCGACGAGCGCGAGAUAAGUCCUACGAUGCUUCGGAGAAGCAGUCGGAAGGCAAGGUCACCGAGCACAAGUACCAGAAUAUGUUGAACAACGUGCACUCCGAGCGCAUGAAGCUGCGUUUGCAGCAAGUCAUGGCUGCGCGCAUGAGCGACGAGCUUAAGAAUCAGCUCGAAGCGAAGCGGCAGAAGGCCAUCGAGUGCCGAGACUCCUUCCAGGAGUUCAAGCGACAGAUCGCGAGACACGCCGAAUAUGCCCGCACAGGCAAAAAGAUCCAGGAAAAGAUCAUUCAGGAAGUAGAGGAGUUCGAGCUGGACAAGGAUGCGGAGGUGGAGGAAGUUCGCGGUUCCAACAUCUCGCUAAAGAAUCGACUUGCAAAGCUCGAACAAGCUCUCCGAAAUAAAGACGAGCUUGCAGAAAACCUGCAUGUCAUUGAUUUCGAGCAGCUGAAAAUUGAAAACCAGCAGCUCAAUGAGAAAAUAGAAGAACGAAACGAAGAGCUGCACAAGUUGCGCAAGAAGACCGUCGUAACUGUGCAGAUCAUUACGCACAUGCGAGAGAAGGUGCAGUUUGUCCAAAAGGAGUACCAGGAAACGAAGGAGAAGUUGGCAACGUUGGAUCAAGAUCUCGGUGCGCAGCGCGAUCUGGUCACCAAGACGAAGCAUGAGCGCGAUGAGCACAGGCAAGAGUAUGCCGCUCUGAAGCAGCAGACUGGCAUCAUGAAUUCUGAGCACCUUACGAAAGAUUUCAAGGACCGUGCAGAUCGCAUCAAGGAGCUCAAGGACCAAAUCACUCAGCUCAAAAAGCGCCACGGUCAAAUGUCCCAGCUGGCAUCUCAGAUGUUAUGUCUGUAG